AUGGCUUCCACUAAUGCCGAGGGCGUCAAGCUUAUCAGCAUCACCACCUCGGAUGGCGUCAACAUGCAGGUCGAGCGCCCCGUUGCCGAGCGCUCCAUCCUGAUCAAGAACUUGCUCGAGGAUCUCGGCGGUGAAUCCGACGAGUCCAUCCCCAUUCCCAACGUAAACGAAGCCGUGAUGAAGAAGGUGCUCGAGUGGUGCACCCACCACAAGAACGACCCGCCCGCCACCCAGGACGACGACUCGGACUCGCGCAAGAAGUCGACCGACAUUGACGAGUGGGACCAAAAGUUCAUGCAGGUCGACCAAGAGAUGCUCUUUGAGAUCAUCCUCGCCGCCAACUACCUCGACAUCAAGGCCCUCCUCGAUGUUGGCUGCAAAACAGUCGCCAACAUGAUCAAGGGAAAGUCGCCCGACGAGAUCCGUAAGACGUUCAACAUUCAGAAUGACUUCACCCCCGAGGAGGAGGAGCAAAUCCGCCGAGAGAACGAGUGGGCCGAGGACCGCUAA